UUAUCCUAUGGGGGGCGGGCAAAUGUAACAAUAGAGCAGCAAGUGCUAGCGUCAAGCUAACUGCUAACAACAUAACCCCCCUCCCCCUGCACCGUUUGGGGCUUAGCUUUUGGGUGUCUGCGGGCUCAACAGGGUAAACAUGCAGAAAUAUGAAAAGCUCGAAAAAAUCGGAGAAGGUACAUAUGGGACCGUUUUCAAGGCUAAAAACAGAGAAACACAUGAAAUCGUGGCUCUAAAAAGAGUCCGUUUGGACGACGAUGACGAGGGCGUGCCAAGCUCUGCCCUGAGAGAAAUAUGUCUGCUCAAGGAACUCAAACAUAAAAACAUUGUCAGACUACAUGACGUUUUGCACAGUGACAAGAAGUUAACGUUGGUGUUUGAAUACUGUGACCAGGAUUUGAAGAAAUACUUUGACAGCUGCAAUGGGGAUUUAGACCCUGAAACAGUCAAGUCGUUCAUGUCCCAGCUGUUGAAAGGACUCGCUUUCUGUCACAGUCGAAAUGUUCUUCACAGAGAUCUGAAGCCGCAGAAUCUUCUCAUCAACAGAAACGGCGAGCUGAAGCUGGCUGACUUUGGGUUAGCACGAGCUUUUGGCAUUCCUGUGAGGUGUUACUCUGCUGAGGUGGUGACAUUGUGGUACCGACCCCCAGAUGUGCUAUUUGGUGCUAAACUCUAUUCUACCUCUAUUGACAUGUGGUCUGCCGGCUGCAUUUUUGCAGAGCUGGCAAACGCUGGAAGGCCUUUAUUUCCUGGUAACGAUGUGGAUGACCAGUUAAAAAGAAUCUUCAGGUUGUUGGGAACGCCGACAGAAGAACAGUGGCAGACAAUGACCAAGCUCCCAGAUUACAAGCCAUAUCCUUUAUAUCCGGCUACCACCUCACUGGUCAACGUGGUGCCUAAGCUGAGUAGUACAGGUCGAGAUCUCCUCCAGAACCUUCUGAAAUGUAACCCGGUCCAGAGGAUCUCUGCAGAAGAAGCUUUGCAGCACCCUUACUUUCCAGACUUCUGCCCUCCCUAAAUCCCUGGUAGCCCCUUCCGCUCGGCCGCCACAAUCAAUUCUCCCGUCACGCGAGCAGGUCAUCAGAAGCACGCCAAGCCCUCUCCGCUCAAGUAAAAACACGUCUCAUUGAGACCAAAGCUGCUUUUUCCACCGCACGGUACUGACUCGACUCUUCCAUGCUGAAGAUGAGCUUAUAAACAAACUAAAACUUCAGAACCGUAAUUAUGUUUUAGCGAGCUAGGUAAUACAGCAACAGCUGUUCAUGUUCUAUUUUCUAGUCAUGCUUGUUUGUUACCAGGCACCAUUUUUCAUUGUCUCCUGAAACCCAAUUAAAAAUGCUCAUUAGUCUAUUUCCUUGGAAACUUAGGGAAGAGAAAGGACAGUGAGGGUCGGCUAACUCAUUAACAUGACAUCAUUUUAUUACAUCGGUGUAUAAUUAUUUAGUUGUUUUACUGUAUUUCCUCAUAUAGUGGUCUAGGGCACUUAUUUACUCACCUGCAGGGAGAGUAGCGGGCAUAUUUUAGUGGUAAAUGUUUGAUAAGAGGGAGGCCUAUAUUUGCACAAAAGCAUUUUUAUAAUAAAAAUAAUUUUCCCCACACACAUAGAUUAAAUAUUGUAAAUAGUGUUAUGGCCUCUGUCGUGCAGAUGUAUUUUCAUUACAAUGAAUAAUAUGAUUUUGAUUUAAUAAUACAUUGUAAAUAUUAAAAUAAAAGUUAGAGUACUAAUUGGCCAUGAUGCAAAAUUUUGUGUUCAUAUGUGGGCGGGUAAAUCUGAGAGUAUUUUUUUCAUAAGAAAUGUGCAACAUUAUCUCAGGUUGUUAAACCGUUUUAAGCAACAACAAAAUAAGUUAUUGACUUAGAGGUAUUUAAUUUUGUGCAGCGCACGGCCGAUUAUUGGAAAAAAAUGAAAGAAAAAAUUCAUGAUUUCCCGGGUGUCAUGCAAGUGUGCACUGAUUUUAAAGAUGCAAUGAGUGAUAUAGCACUAUAUUGAUGAACAGAUGCCUCAUAAUGCACGACCAAGUCCGCUGUGGGAAAUACCAUAUUCUCCCAUGUGCUUAAGUGAAAACAGCUGUGCGAUUGUGUGGAUUCUCUCCCUCUCGACCUCAGUAAAAGAUGCGCAUUCAGGCUGGAGCAAGCCUUAAUUGUGGGCGUUUCCGUGUCAAAUAUAGCCUUCCGCGUAGUCCCGCGAUGAUUUCAAUACAUUCGCUCUUACCUCUUACGUGGGCAGCACAGUGGCGCUGUUGUUACCAUUUGUUCCUUACAGUGAGAAGGUCGGGGAAUGGAUUCUUUCUCUGAUAAGUGUGCUCGUUCUCCCAGUGACUGUGGGUUCUCUGCGGGUCGUCAAAUUGCAUCAAAACUAUGAAUGUACACAUGAGGUGUUAUGUACUUAACAAAAAAAGGUGAUUUAACUGAAAACAUACUUUAUAUUCUAGUUUCUUUAAAAUAGCCACCCUUUGCUCUGAUUACUGCUUGGCACACUCUUGGCAUUCUCUUGAUGAGCUUAAAGAGGUAGUCACCUGAAAUGGUUUUCACUUCACAGGUGUGCUUGAAUCUCAUUAAGAGACUGCCAAGAGUGUGCAAAGCAGUAAUCAGAGCAAAGGGUGGCUAUUUUGAAGAAACUAGAAUAUAAAACAUGUUUUCAAUUACUUCACCUUUUUUUGCUAAGUAUAUAACUGUGUAGACAUGUGUUCAUUCAUAGUUUUGAUGCCUUCAGUGAAAAUCUAUAAGGUAAAUAGUCAUGAAAAUAAAGAAAACUCAUUGAAUGAGAAGGAGUGUCCAAACUUUAGACCUGUACUUUAUGUGACUAUAUAACAGAAAAUACAUUAAUGAGGUCGUGUCUAUCAAUUAAUUUGAUAUUUUUGACAGUUGAUAUCAAACUCACGCUGCCCGCGCGCACACACACACAAAAACACACAAAGAGCUGUAUAAGCAUACACACACUACAACACCAUGGCGACACACGUACGCGUCGGAAUUGCUUGGUUUGAUACGGCCUUGUCAUAUUUAAAGUGUUUCAAUGACAUUUCAUGUGUUAAGUAGAAUUCCAUGAUUCUCACGUAACCGAGCAAAAUACGAAAAGUGUAAUGAGCCCGCCUAUAUUCACAACUCGGGCCUCACUCGGGAGGAUAUGAAAAAGAGAAGCGUGCGUAAUAUUAGCACACAAAACGGGAGAAGAAGGACCCUAUGUGGGCAUGAGAUGUGUAAGUUAGAACAAAAGGCUGCACAGACAAACUAGAACAGGGGUGUCAAACUCAUUUUAGCUCAGGGGCCACGAGGAAAAUCCAUUCCCAAGUGGGCCGGACUGGUAAAUUCAUGUCAUAAGAACCUAAAAAUAAAGACAACUUCGGAUUGUUUUCUUUGUUUUGCUUUGGCCAAAAAUGGAACAAGCACAUUGUGAAAAAGUACAAUUCAAGUUAGUUGAAAAUUGUGAGGCAAAAAUUGGUGCAGUUUCAAAAACACCAUGAUGAACACAAUGACCUUAAACUGUCUCAGUGUACCUACAAAGUCUUUAAGUCACAGCCUAUUUGGGAUUGAACCAAAUACAUAAUAGAUAAAAAUAAUUCUAAUGUAGGUAUCAAAUACCUCAUUUGUUAUUUCCACAUAUUAAUCCUGUACCAACUCAAAAGAAACUAUUCAGAGACUUGAGUUACUCUUUGCGUUCACUUUUUUCAUUUUUGACAGACACUUUUAAAGUUAAAGUACCAAUGAUUAUCACACACACACUCGGUGUGGUGAAAUUUUCCUCUGCAUUUGACCUAUCACACUUGAUCAACCCCCUGGGAGGUGAGGGGAGCAGUGAGCAGCAGCAGUGGGCGCACCCUGGAAUAAUUUUUGUGAUUUAGCAGGUGACAUUUCAUUUGGGUGGAGGGGGAGGAGCCGUAGCCAUGCUUUACCGUGUACCUCUUGCUUGGCUUCGGUAUAAACAGUUUACUUGCCUCACAGAAUUGCUAUUGUGACAUUCAGUGGACACAUUUAGAAAAACUGUUUAUUUCAUUAAAAAACCUCAGCUCAUUUGUAUACUCCGCAAACACAACUCGCGGGCCGGAUAAAACGUGUGCGGGCCUGAUCGUACGUUUGACACCCUUGAUCUAAAUCAUGCCAAAUAUACGGGGAAAAACUAAACAGACACCAAUUUUUUCUGUGGCGAGCUACCACACAUAAAUGAAAGUAUGGGAAAGUGGUCGUUGUGAAAGUGAGGUAUAUUUCUUGACAAAGUGAAUGACCCUACCUGGUGGUUGAGGUCACUAUUUGAGGAAAUGCAGUACAUGUCAGCUAUCUGUUAAGUUGGUACCUUGGGCAGGAAAAAGAGCAGCAGGUUUAAUUAGUCACUUAAGUAUUAGUUUCUUUCAGCUAAAACUUUUGUCUGUUUUCAAUCUUUGAUCAAGGCUGAGCUUGAUGCCCUUCGGCCUGUGCUGAUGAAAUCCAAUGAAAGCACUUUUUUGUAACGGAGGGUGGGCGGCUGUGUUGAAGGAAUGCAAGAGCAGUCAAAUUAAGUGGAGAUAGUGACAAUAUUAAUACUUACGUGUGUUUUUGGGUGGAGAGGCAGCUGAUGUCAUGAACUUGGUCACCCGUAGAAAAAAAUGUCAGCUUAACCUAAACAGCAUUGAUCAUUUGGAGGGAAAACAAGCAGAAAAACACUUGGAAUACACACGUUGUGUUCUAACUUCUCUUAUAUAGCAAUACAAUUCGACAAACAUGUAUUUUCGUCCCACUCACCAGCCUGUGUUCAAGUUGGUAAAAAAAGAUUUUGACAAUGGCACAAGAAGCUAUUUUAUUUGAUGAUUUCCCCCACAUUCUUUGCACACUUUUUACCUCACAGACAUCAUGACGUAUGUGAAGUUUAACACCUGAGAUUAUCACAGCUGGUUUUCCACAAUUGGGCCAAUACUUUAUGAAUAAAACUAUGGACAUCGGUGAUACUUCUUGGAGAAGAAAUGGGACAUCUUUCACUUGCACCGAUUAUUAGUGCUUUUACUUCUUCUCCCACGAAGGCCUACAAAAGGUAUUUGGCGCAGCUAUCUUCCAUUUUGUUUUUUAGUUUUGCAGAAAUGGUUGCAUGUAUUUAUUAUUAUUAUUAUUGCUGGAAUGUGAAGCAUCUUUCAUACUACUGUUAGCAGGCUGUGUGUAGAUAUCUUGGUGUGUGUGGAUUAAGUUAUAAUGAAAAACAAAACCCAACAAAAACAUGUUUUUGUGGAGUUUCAGACAAAAAGACUGCCGUAGACUUCUUUGAUACAGUUUCUGUUUGUCAUUUUCAACUUUUUUUUUUCUGUAUGGCACUUUUUUUUGUAGCACAUUUGUUUGCUUCUGUUGGCAGAAGCUGGGACAGUUUUUGUUAUCACUGAUAUUUUUGUUUCUGUACAUUUCAGCCAAUAAGAUUCAGUGUUCAGUAAAGUGGACAUUAAUGCUU